AACCUUUAAAUAGAAAGUAAAACAUGUUUAUAGUAUAAUAUAAAUUCUGUAUUUAUUUGAAUCUUAUAAUUAUGGCUUUUAAACAAAUAACUUUGAUUUUGAAAAGACUAAAACCUAUUCAACGUAUUGUAUUUUAUGCAACGACUCCAAUGUUUGUACAUCCACAUCCACCAAAAAAACCAAAUGAUGAUCAAAAAUUACAAUUUGAGGCUUCUAAUUUAUCUUAUGAUUAUUUAUUAAAACAAUCAACUAUUAAUGCUGUAAAUAGUGCUUCAGAAGCUUUAACAGUGACUUUUACCGCAAUAGAAACAACAAGUAAAGAAUAUAGAGAAUUAUUAACAAAAUUAAUAAUACUAAUGAAUCAAGCUAUCUUACAAGAAGUUAAUGAUUCUCAUUGGGAUGAAAUUUUACUAUUAAGGUCUGAAAUACAAGAAAAAAAAGAAAUAAUUGUGAGAUUUAUAGGUUACAUGGAUUAUGUACACAAAAUGUCAGAAGCUGCAUCUGAAAUAAGUUUUUUAGCUGGUAUGGAUAACUUAUCAAUUACUUUGACUCAACGAAUUGAUGAUGCAUUAAGUAAAAUACAAAUAGAGAAAAACAGCAAUUCUGAAUUGGAAACCGAAUAUACUAAAGUACAAGAAGAAUCUAUUAGAAAUUGUAAGUAAUCUUAUUUGUUAUUU